AAAAGUUUUAAAGCGAGCGCGACCACCGCACGUUGUGCAGCUACCGUUGCCACCCAAUCUCGUAAAUUGCCGGCCUAGCAGAUACCAGCAAAAAGUUAACCUCAAUCGCGAAUAGUAAACGAUAUCAAGGUGAACUGUUUUCGGGAGCUAGUGACUAGAUUUGUACUUCACGGUUCGUCGUUUGCUAAUAAAAAAGGCGUGCUAGGAUAUUCAGAUGUGUCCCAUGGUUACGAGUUUAGCUGUUUAGUCAUCAGUGAUUAUAAAAUCGCGCUCGAACAUUGUGGAACCUUGUUGGUAUUUAAGAAGUGGAUUAUUAGUUUAAUAAUAUGGAAGACCUGAGUUUUAUCCCGGAUAUUCCGAGCGGGCCCCUGGAUGCGUAUAGAAAUAGCGCCUCGUUCGAUUGGAAGCGAUUGAAACUGGCUCUGGAAGGAGAUAUUGAGUUGUUAAAACUUAAGUACAAAAUAUGGCACACAUUAGAAAAGGACCAGUUGUUUGCCCACAACCACGUCACCCCCACAGUGGACGAGCAGAAACGGAUAACGCAGUUACAACUGAAACGAAUAAAUGAAUACAAAUUUCUGACAAAGGAGACGUUUAAAUCCAGUUACACAAAAAGGACGCGAACAUUAAUGACGAUAAACGAAGCGGUCCAGUCCUUGAAUCCUAGUGUUUCUGUCAAAAUGGCGAUAGGCAUUUACCUUGUAUCAAAUGCGUUGCUGUCCCUUGGCACUGAAAGGCAUCUGAAGUUUUAUGAAGCGACGAUAUUGAACAGAGAGAUACUGGCCAGUAUGUCGCUCACCGAGAUCGCUCACGGAUCGGACGCGAAACUCAUGCGCACGACGGCUACGUACGACGCGCGCACGCGACAGUUCGUCGUGCACACGCCCGACUUCGAAGCGGCUAAAUGCUGGGUUGGUAAUCUAGGUAAAACCUGCACGCAUACUCUGCUGUUCGCUCAGCUGAUCACUCCAGAUGGGAACAACCACGGGCUCCACGGGUUCAUAGUGCCCAUCAGAGACCCAAACACCCUGGAAGCAUACCCUGGACUCAUAGUCGGCGAUAUGGGGGAGAAGAUCGGCGUCCAUGGGAUCGAUAAUGGGUUCAUAAUGUUCAAUCAGUACCGGAUACCGCGAGAGAGUCUGCUCAACAGAACUGCUGACGUCACCGAGGAUGGGGUGUACGAGAGCUCCUUCUCAGACCCCUCCAGGAUACUGGGGGCGGCUCUGGAGAACUUGUCUGCAGGUCGCGUCGGCAUAAUGCAGGAGAGCUGUCACUCGAUAUCGAGCGCGGUCGCCAUCGCGGUCCGGUACGCGGCGUCCCGCAAACAGUUCGGCGGGAAGGACGCCGAGAUACCGCUGAUCGAGUACGAGUUACAUCAAUGGCGUCUAUUCGGCUACGUGGCGGCGGCGGUGGUGUUCCGAGUCUACAUCGAGAGCUUCACGCGCGUGUACCUCGGCUUCGUGGAGAAGUCCCACUCGGGCGUCAGGGUCGAUAACCUGAGCGAAGCAGUAAGCGAGAUCCACGCGAUGGUGUCUUGCAGCAAGCCGCUACUAACGUGGACGGUGCUGGACGCCGCUCAGCAGUGCCGCGAGGCGUGCGGUGGCCAUGGCUUCCUGAAGUGCGCAAACCUAGGCGACAUCAGAAGCAACCACGAGCCGACAGUGACGUACGAGGGAGACAACAACGUGCUAUCUCAGCAGACCGGCAACUGGUUGCUUCGUCAGUACGAGGCGGCGCUGGCCGGUUCAGCGGUCGACUCCCCGAUAGGGACGGUCACCUUCUUAGCAGACUAUAGGAGGAUAAUGCAGAGUACGUUUAUGUGUACGGAGACGAGCCAGCUGAAGACUACUGAAUUCAUAAUAAACACAUACAAAUGGCUGAUAUGCUGGCUGCUCAAAGAGACACAUGAAAAAUACGAGUCUGAAAUAGCUAGCGGCCUAUCCAAGUUCCAAGCCAGGACCAAAUCACAAGUGUACCGGUGGAAGUGUCUGACGCGAGUGUACGCGGAGUACCUAUCUAUCAUCUUCUCUCUGGAAUCCAUAGAGAAGAAAGAGAAAGAACUACAGCCAGUGAUGUAUAAGUUGUUUUAUUUAUACGGGCUGUGGUCGCUAGAUAAGCAUUUGGUAGAGAUGUACCAAGGGGGUUACGCGAGCGGGGAAGCCCCUACGAGGUUGAUACGGGCGGCCAUCUUGGAAUUAUGUUCGGAUGUCAAAGGAGAAGUUGUUAGCGUAGUGGAUGCGCUUGCGCCGACGGAUUUCGUGCUGAAUUCCGUGCUCGGGAAGAGCGAUGGCAAUCUGUACCAAAACAUUGAGCAUGCCCUAUUCAACGCGCCCGGUACCAUCGGCCGCGCGAAAUGGUGGAGGCAGGCCAUCACCAAGAUGUCGUCUAAGCUGUGAAAAUACAAGGUCUUCUUGAAGAGGUAUUAUCUGUAGUUAUUGUAUAUUGUUUUAGGACGUUGUUGAAUUUAUACAGGAUGUUUAAGGGUUUCCAUGGAUUUACUAAAGUCAUUAUUAUGAGCGAUUGGGUCAAGAUAAGUUUUUAAUCAUGGUACAACUAUACAGUGUGUAAAAAUAGUACUUACCUCCAAAUGUCACAGUUACUGAAGUCAAUAUUUUGGUACUGUGUCAUUCAAAUCAUAGGCAAUGGGACUAUCAAUCAAUUAGUGAUAUUGAGUUGAUUCCGGGGGAAAGGUAAAAUUAAAUUAUUUUUUUAUUUGGAGAAGGUAAAUAGGUGACAGUUUAGGUGUAAGGUAGUCUGUCACAGGCAAAAGUAUUAUUCUUUCUUUUCUUUCUUUCAAUGGUAGAUUGAUCCGAAGAUACGGAAGCGACAACGCAGGAAGACAGAAUAUGCUUUUUGAAACUGUCAUGAAAGUCAAUAUCGUACCUAGUAUAUCUUGUUCAUAAUAAUAAGUGUAACUUUCCAAACAACAACCUGUAUAUAUUUCGGUUAACGUCAGACUUCCAAGUGACAAAUAUUUUUAGGCUUGCAUUCUAAAACUGAACCCA